AAAGUAUAAAAGGUCUGGUCCUUUCUCCAAAUAGAUAUUCCGGCGAUUGUCGUCAACUAGCAAGCUUAUCUCUACUUCAGGAGCACAACAGCGUCAACUUCAUUCAAGAUGAAGGCUUAUAUCUGCUUGGUCGUUCUGGUGUGCCUGGGCUCUGUCUUCGCGGCUGAAACUAACAAAGCCGACGAGGUUGCUGUGAAGCAAUAUCCCGGAUCGCCCUGUGAUCCCUUGAGCCCAUCGCCGUAUCAGUGCAUUGAGGGCACGUUCUGCUUGGAAGUGUCGCCCAAAGUAGGCAUAUGCGUAGUAACGAGGAAGAGAAUGGCAAAUGUUGAAGCUUCUCCUGUUACACUGGUAGACUUCGCCAACCCUCAAACAGAGCAGAGUUCCACUCUGACUUUCAACGGCGUAGAUUACGUUUCUGGGAACGCAGUGGACGGGAAUUUCAACUCGGACCUGAUCAACGGAGAAACCUGCGCGCAUACAGAAACCGAAGGGCACCCGUGGUGGAGGUUGAAUCUUCUUGAGUCUCGCUGCAUUGCGCAAGUCGGCAUUGUGAACCGUCGGGAUGGUAGCUAUGUCCGUUUGGCCGGAGCAGAGGUGCUUGUAGGGGGAAUACACCGACACGAGCGGUGCGGCUCCCCCGUCAGCGCCGAGUCGGCCAAUAUCCCCGGCGGGAUGAACCUCGUCAUUUGCGAUCCACCUAUUAGAGGAGAUGAGAUCGUUAUUCACAUUCCUAAAGACGAAGCCACUUUGCAGAUUUGUGAGGUCCUGCUCUGGGAGGUCUCUACCUGCGGAUAGCUCUGGUACGAUCUGCAGCUGUCUAUAUGCCCAGGAUGUGUAUGGAAUGGUCAGCAAACCAAGAAAGGAACUGGAAACUUUGGACGACUGAUUUUAAGUCUAAAAGUAGAAUAAGUGUACUAACAUCCAUUCAA